GAUCGACUCGACCGAUCAUCCGCCACGUGUCCUAUCUACGUCCCCUUCCUUCUUCCCCAUCUUCGCCUUCAUCUGCCUCCUCCUCCGCUGAAGAAGAGGACGACGACUGCUUAUCACCUGUCUAUCCUUCUUCAUCUCGUUCUUUCUCAGACACCCCGUCCCCCCCACCAUCGCCAUGAGCUUUCUCACGGAGCAAGCCCUCGGCGAGCAUCUCUUAACGCCACGGGGUCUCGGUGACCAUCUCUUAACGCCAUGGGGUUACAUCUCGGCGAUUUGGCAGGUGUGUCAUCCACGACUCAACCAGGAUCUUCUACGAAUGGCGAAGUUCUUCUGCACUUCGGGAGUGUAUGCAGCGGCUGAGUUCCGAUUCGCAGGCAGUCCUCAGGUGGUGGUACUGGCAGAAGCGGUGGCUAUCCAUCGGCGAUCAGCUCCGAGGAUUAGCCACGUGUCCACGGUGGUCGGCUUCAGCGGCGACAUCAGCACGGUCAAUGCGCUCCGGCAUACCGCCAUCCGGACGACACCGAGGAAGUGGGCGCAGCAACUGGCCAUGGAGUGGAAUUGCUCUCUUACGCGCCGAGGGGAUAAUCUUUUCCCCACAGACGGUGUCGAGCUCAAAGGGAUCCAAGCAUUCCAUCACGAGCCGGCGUGGAGACUUAGGCGCAAGCACUUCGUCGAGCUUUCGGCGUGCCUGGUCGGGGUACAAAUCACGUGGACAAGGGACGAAGACCAUCGCCACUGGAGCGAGUACUUGGAGGGGCUGAUUAUCCAGGCCUGGAGAACGGACGUGGAGGGCGAUCUUCUCGGAUUCCUGUUCGGAUCGGUGCGGCCCAGUCAUCGCCAACCGAUCGUCCUAGAGCUUACGGUUCCACUCGCGCAGCUAGCCGACGAUCUGCCCCUGGAGAUCGUCUCGCAAAAUGACAAUAGCCCGAUCCCGCACGUUCCCACGCGCACCUUGGCGCCGUAUCUUCAGUGGUCAGCGUGCCUGGAGGAGCCGGAAAACGACUACAACCCGCCAUCACAGCGGGACUAUUUGAGCCCGCGGGAGAUCAUCGAUCCCACCUACUUCCGGGAUCGAACGGCCACCGAAGACGAGGCGAUAGCAGCAGAGGAAGAAGAAGAAGAAAAAGAGAAGGACGACGAGGAAGAAACUCCCGAAGAGGGGAGUUACAUUGAACACAGCGAAGGGGAGCAAAGUGAGCAGGAAGAAGAAGAAGAAGAGAAGGACGACGAGGAAGAAACUCCCGAAGAGGGGAGUUACAGCGAACACAGCGAAGGGGAGCAAAGUGAGCAGGAGGAAGAAGAAGAACAAGAUGACGAAGAGGAGGAGCUAGAGUUGGAGGGGUCGGAGUGCGAGAUCUCCGCGGAGGAAGGAGAGCAAGCGGGCGCACAGGCGGAAGACCCCGAGGCGGCACGCAGGAGAUAAGAAAUCGCGGCCGGAAAAUGACAGCUGGAAUUUGCCAGCGGAGCCAAUCAGCAGGUCGC